GUGCGUGUGUGCGCGUGUUGCUGUUAACCGAAGAUUCUGCACGCGCGGGACGGUUAUCGCUAAGCGCUCAGAUUGGAAAGGCAAAGAAGCAAAAUGGCUCUGUCCCAGUGUCUGGACGACUCGCUCUUCAGGGCCAAGUCGACACUCCCCGGAGCCGGGUCGAGUAACCUGCAGGAGGUGUACAAUGAGAAACACCGGCUCGCCUUGGAGGAGUUGCUGUCCGGGGGGGUCGACGACUUUCUGGGCUUUCUCAGGAAGGAGUCCAUCGCCAACUUCCUGUCGGACGAGGAGAUCCGGUGGAUGCGGGGCGCCGCCGUGGCCCCGCGACACGCGUCGCUCCUCGGCGAGCACCGGGCGCCGCCGCCGGAGCCGCCGGAGCCGCCGGAGCAGCGGUCUAUCGGCAGCUCGAUUGACUGUUUGUCGGUCACUUAUUUCCCCGAGGUGUCGGACGUAGAGCCGCCGCCGCUGGAGAUCGGCUGGCCCGCCUUCACUGCGGGCUCUUACCGGGGAGUCACCAGGGCCGUGGCUCACUUCCAGCCGAGCUAUGGCGACAACAUCUACGCUUGCAAAGAAGCGGCGAGGAAAAUGAUCGGCAGUGCCAGAGAGGUGAUCGCCAUAGUUACGGAUUCCCUGACAGACCUGGAUAUUUUUAAGGAUCUUCAAGAGGCGUGUUGCGUUCGCAAAGUCCCCGUUUACAUCCUGCUGGACCGCUCCAGCUGUCCCGCUUUCCUCAGGAUGUGCGCGAACGUCGGCGUCGGCUUGGAUGAGCUGCAGCAAAUGAGAGUGCGAACCAUAACUGGCACCACUUAUUACACAAGAUCAGGAGCCAGGAUCACCGGAAGAGUUCACGAGCGCUUUAUGUUGAUCGACGGCAACCGCGCGGCGACGGGUUCAUACAGGUUCAACUGGACCGAUGGCAAAUUGAACAGCAGCAACUUGAUUGAGCUUUCGGGUCAGAUCACAGAAAAGUUUGAUGAAGAGUUCCGCAUUCUUUACGCGCAGUCUCUUCCCGUCAACGCGCGAGGACCCGCAAGCGCGCACGCCAGCCAGAGCUUGGAGCGCCUUCCCGCCGAGCAUCUGCUCACCUCCUCCCCGUACCUGAGCAGGGAGAGGCCCCCGGGCCACAAGCUCCGCCCUUUAUCUUUCUCUCCGCCGCUCCCCUGUGAGGAGAUGGCCCCGGAAGACCCGGCGGCUCCAAACGGCAGCGCCGCAUCCAACUCGUCCACCGUCGGCGACGACUGGUCGGAAGAAGAAAUCCUGGCCGCCGGUCCCGCCCCCCCGGCGGAGCGGCCUGACGCCGGCGAGGCCACCCGGACUGGUUUUUCGCCGGCAGACGGCGACGCCCUGACGGACCUGCGGCACCCCGAUCUCCGGCCCUCCGUGGGGAUGAGCGCCCCCCCCGAAGAGUGCCCGAGCGGUCUGAGCAAAGAGCGCCGGCACCACUACGCGGCCAUCCGCUCCAAGCUGGAGCACGUGAUGGCCUCUCUGUCCCGGCGGCGGGAGCUCGCCGACAUUGCCGUCGUGACUCGGGGCAGGCGGGGGCUCGGCCAAGCCGCGCCAGGGCCGCAGCCCCGACUCCUUGCUGGAACCUCCGCUGUUGUCGCGUGAUGACACCGGCUCGACUCCCUCUCCCGCCCCCGACCCCCAUUUUCCACGCGCUGGCCGGGUGCAACGGUGGCAGAAAAAGACUUGAUCACGCCAUGUCGCAAUUGUGCAUUUCUACUGCUCGCCGUCACAAAUAACUUCCAGAUGUCGGCAAAUCGAAUGUUCCGGAGCGCUUUCGCCAGACCCGUGCCGGGAUGGCCGUUCCUUCUUUGAGACUUUUCCGCGCGCACACUUUGAGCUGCAGUGCGGAUGAAUGAAAGUGCCUUGCUGCCUUUGUGGCUAUUUCCAUCAAACAUGGCUGCGCUGCGUGCAUCCAUACCUACUCGCUCAUAAUAAAGUCUCACUCAAUUUUA